AUGUCCAUUCGCCUCCUCCUCCCGCUCCUCUUCGGCACGGCGCGCGCCUGCAGCAACAUCAUCGUCACUGGCGGCGCCUCCGCCGAUGGCAACCCGAUGGUGGGCUAUAACGCCGACAGCGCGGCGCUGCACGGCGCAGUCUCGCACUGGCCGCACGGACACCACGCAAAGGGCGCUGUGCGCGAGGUGUUCUCCUGGGACUUGGGCAUCAAGCUGGGCGAGAUACCCGAGGCGGCCGAGACGUACAACGUCAUCGGCAACGCAAACUGCCAGGGGCUCGUAAUCGGAGAGACCACGCUGGGCGGGCUGGCGGAGCUGUCCAACGUGGGCAAGGACUGGCGGAACGGCACGAUUCUCGACUACGGGCAGCUAAUCUACAUCACGCUGCAGCGCGCGGCCACUGCCCGCGAGGCGAUCAAGGUGAUGCACGCGCUCACCGCAGCGUACGGCUACGCGAGUGACAUGGAGGGCUUCUCUCUCUCCGACGCGACGACCGGCGAGGCGUGGUACAUGGAGCUGAUCGGCAAGGGCGGGUUUGAGAAGGGCGCACUCUGGGUGGCGCUGCGCGUGCCGGAGGGGCACAUCAUGGCGCACGCCAACCAGGCGCGCAUCACGCGGUUCCUGCCGUGCGACGACGAGAAGGCCUGCCUGAUGGCGCCGGACGUCGUCAGCUUUGCCAUCGCGCACGGCUACUUCCACGGCGAGGCGGACGACCCCUCCUUCUCCUUCUCGGACGUUUACGACCCGGUCACGUUUGAGGGCGCACGCUUCUGCGAGGCGCGCGUGUGGUCCGUCUUCAGCGCCGUGGCCGACCCGGCGAGCUUCGACGCGGCCGCGCACCUCGACUACGCUCAGGGGCGGAACCUGACGAACCGCAUGCCCCUCUUUGUCAAGCCAAAGGCCAAGCUGACGCGCGCGCAGGUUCACAGCCUCCUCUCGCUGCACUACGAGGACUCGUGGCUCUCCCCCUACGCCGAUGUGGGGGCGGGCGCAGAGCACUCCCCGUACCGCUGGAACGGGCUGACGUGGGAGUACGAGGGGAAGACGUACGUCAACGAGCGGGUGGUCGGCACGCAGUACACGGCGUGGCACUGGGUCGCGCAGCUGCGCCGCGGCGUGCCAAAGCCGAUGGGCGCGCUGCAGUGGUGGGGCGCCGACGACCACACAUGGGCUCCAAAGAUCCCGCUGCACGGCGGCGCGUCGGCGGUGCACAGUUCGUACGACGACGCAGACUGCACGGCGCGGGCCGCCUGCCGCCGUGCCCACGGGCUGCAAGGCAACGUGCGCGAGUUCUCGCUGCAUUCGGCGUGGUGGCUCGCGAACUUGCUGGACGCCGCGCUCACCGCGGCGCUGGUGGACGCCGACGACAAGGCGGCUAGGGCGUUCGCGGCGGGCGACGCGAAGGGCGCGCUUGCCACUCUCACGGACCACGCCGUGGCCGCGGGCGCCGCGGCAACGGCGAGGCGCGUGACGGCGGCCAACCCCAAGGAGCCCGUGUGCGAGUGCACAAAGGAGAGCGCCACGUUCAGCGAGGCAUGGAAGGCCAAGGCGCCGGCCGCGCCGUCGGAAGCGCCUCCCACUUUUGUUCUGGCGGGCGCGUCUCCCACAUGGCGCGUCUCCCACAUGCGUCUGUAG